AUGCGCUUGGUCGGAACUGUCAAAUCUCAUAUCCAACUAGGAAAUUACUUUUAUAAUCCUUAUAGCAAACAUAUGGAAAUCCAAUUAUAUGCAUGCAAAUCCGACAUCUCACCAUUGCCACACGGACAAGUUCAAAUCGAUACGAUUAGCGAGAUGACAUCAAACCUUCAUCAAACGUUUCCAAGUCUUUGCACGUCAAAUCAUCAUGCAACCUUACAUCAUGUGGGCCAAUCAAGACCAAAGGAUGCUCAUACUCCGAAAUCCUUUGCAAGAGAUAAUAUACCCAUUGUCAUAAUAAACUUUUGGUCGUUACCACAUUGA